UAAUCAUUGAUGCUUCCCCCGAAGCGAUAUUUCGUAUUGAUUCUGUGUUGAUUGAACCAUGGUCCACUGAAACAGUGCGUACACCAAGAGACAGGCAUGCUAAACAGGUCUCCACCUUAGAAGCCUGUUCAUCUGCUGUACUAGAAAUACAACUUCUUUUUUGCUUCUGGAAGAGGUAGAGAGUCGAAUCCAAGAACGUGCUUUUCAGUUCCGCGCCUGUGUAAAGAGCCCACUGCUGAAUCGUCUCAUCAGAUCGUGUAAUCACACACAACAAGCACAUUGACCUGAGGGUUGUGCGCGAAUCAUGUGAUUUCGUAGUUUCUGUUAGCAUCACUAGUCCUUCAUAUACCCCAAUGAUUGCUUCUUUUUAUCGAUAUGUCGAAUAAAACUUUGAAGGGGGGGGGGAGGGCGGGGGGGUUGAUCAAGGAACAGACUGGCACUAUGGAGUUACACAUGUCGAACGAGCCAUCAACUCCAGAAGUGUCCAAUGUAACUUGGUCAAUGACAGACAUAUACUCACUGCGUAUGAGGAAGCAAUCUCCCUCCAAAUCUUGUCUUUCCGAUCCAGGAAACAACAUAGCCGCUUGAUGGUCGAUUUGAGGUGUUGUAGACAGUUCCCCCCUACUAGUUGUUAUUUCCCCACCAAGAGACCCCGCCAAACACCUAAACACCAAUCAUCAUCCCCACUUUAAACAGUCUAGAUCUCCCAAAAUACAACACUCCUGCUUUCUCUACGCUUCAACGAGAAAAUGCGCCGUAGUCUAACAUGCGCCCAAGUCUACCACGCGGCUACCAUCGCUGCGCUUUCGAAUUCGUACCAAAAAUCCCGCACACCGCCGCCUCCUCUUUGCCGAAAGCGGUAAAGAAGCGCGCAUCGUGAGAAAUCACGAGAAAAGGGGGAAAACCGCGCAAAACUGCAUCGUGUGAUGAGUGAAAGGCGGGGAAUGGCUAAUAGUAGAGCACAGCCUGUCCAUAGUGAGCACGCAUCUACUCCUUUCCUUUCGCACAUAAAAUCUCUGGUCGUGAUCUCUACCCACCUGGACUCGCCGCGCGCCCAAAAGAACACAUUGGAAUCGAGAUCGAAGCUCCACACGCAC